CCUAGGAGUUAGACUCAGGAAGUCAUAAGUAAAUUUUAGGCGGAGUAUCUCAACAAACAGUACCAAUCGCAAAUUGAGCUUUUCAAUCGUUCGACUGGAUAAAAAAAAUCAACAUUUUACUAUUUUAGCAACCUCCGGAGAGUUAGGGAGAAGAUCACGAAUUAGAGGCCGGAAGAAAGAUGGGGAUUCGAUUCAUAUUAAUGGUGAACAAGCAAGGGCAGACCAGGCUAGCUCAGUAUUACGAAUACCUCACAAUAGAAGAAAGACGCGCUCUUGAGGGUGAAAUUGUUCGUAAAUGCCUCACCCGCAACGAGCAACAGUGUUCAUUUGUGGAGCACCGAAACUACAAAGUAGUGUACAGGAGAUAUGCAUCACUGUUUUUCCUUGUUGGAGUUGACAAUGAAGAAAAUGAGCUUGCCAUUUUGGAGUUUAUUCACCUGCUUGUGGAAACAAUGGAUCGCCAUUUUGGCAAUGUGUGUGAGUUGGAUAUCAUGUUCCAUCUGGAGAAAACACACUUCAUGCUGGAGGAGAUGGUAAUGAAUGGGUGCAUUGUUGAGACUAGCAAGUCCAACAUUCUGUCUGCAAUACAGCUCAUGGAAAAAGCAUCAUAAGUUCAAUUGCUUUGAACCUAAUAUCACUUGAGUUGUCAUAUUCAGAAUGUUAAAUCUUUUAUUAUCUUGCACAAGCUAAUUACAUACCUUCUCUGUCCCUUAAUACAAUACACCUUUGAAUUACUUCUAUGUAGUGCUUUUAUUAAAGAUCUUUGCAGUUCUUAUGUGUACUCUAUACGGAUAAAACACUUCAAUCAUAUUCAGAAUGUUAAAUCUUUUAUUAUUU